AUGGAGCGGAGAAGGUGCGAAACCACGGGAGCCAUCCCGCGAUUGCAGGGACUCCUUUUGCUUUUCCAUGCACUAGCUGGUGGGCUGGCAGAACAAGAAGUGGAAAACCUUUCGGGGUUAUCUCCAAAUCCCGAAAAGGCUAUUUUUGUAGUUCGGGAAAACGGAACCACCUGCCUCAUGGCGGAAUUCGCGGCGAAAUUAGUCGUUCCCUACGAGAUCUGGGCCAGCAAUUUUGUUGAUAUGAUCACCGAGCAAGCCUACAUCCAGCUUUCCCGCGGAGCCGAGGAGCGAGGCAAAUGCAGCAGCAACGAAUCCGAGCUCCACAUUUCGUGGCUCAACCGAGCUUACACCCUCAGCCUUUAUUUCGUCAAGGAGACUCGCAACACAAGUUCUGGCCCCGAGGCCUGGUGGAAAAUGAGCAAAGUCCAGUUCGUUUACGACAGCAGCGAGAGCACCUACUUCAAAGGCGCGGUGAACCCGGGGAAACACACAGUCACAACACGUCACCUCUCUGCUUUAGUCACCCCAGCUGGGAAAUCUUACGAAUGUCAAGCGCAGCAGACAAUCACCUUAAACUCCGGUGACCACCAAAAAUCAGUUGUUCUCUUGCUGUCAGAGGUCCGCCUGCAGCCCUUUGACAUCAGCUCUGAUUUUGUUUUCAGUGAAGAACAUAAAUGUCCAGUGGAUCAAAGAGAACAAUUAGAAGAAACGCUUCCUCUCAUAUUGGGCUUGAUCUUGGGCUUGGUGAUUGUGGUAACCCUUGGUGUUUAUCACAUCCAUCUCAAAAUGACAGCCAACCAAGUCCAAAUUCCACGAGACAGAUCCGAAUAUAAACAUAUGGGAUAG